CAAGAACUAGAAAUUCUAGAGUCACGCAAAAAUUCAACCAGUGCUGAGGUAAGUCUACAGUCCUGCUGCACUCACGAACAAGAAAGUCUAGAGUCACGCAAAAAAGUGAGUGAAGUCUAGAGUCUGGUGGCACGCAAGAAUGAGAAAGUCUAGAGUCGUGUGAAAUUUCAUCCAAAACUGGAUGAAUUUCUACAAGUCUUGAGUCUUGAUUAAAUUCCAUGAAUGCUUGGGUAGUGUCGGCCAACACAGUUAAAAAGUUGUGUGUAAGGAGAGCUUUCAUUCAAUAACGAAGGUUGUCAAGCAAAAUAAGGCUAGAGUCUUGCAACAGAGAGGAGAACAAUGAUCCAAGUUCAUGAGAGAGUCAAACUUGACUAUCUGUGGAAGAUGUCAUCUGCUUACUGUUAUGGAUGAACAGGGGACACUCUUUAAUGAAUUCUGAUUGAUGUGUGAGAACCCGCAAGUCAACCCAGCACCGGGCAGAAAUGUGCUGAAACCAUUACAUUCACCACGAGGACUGCCAAAGUGAUCCUUCUGAUGUUUACAUGUCCCAUGCUGAAAAUCACAACAGAAGAAUACGGAUGUAGGAUUGUCUGCGCGUGGAACUCCACUUCCUAAACAUGAACAUCUUGGGAGUGAUUGUAAAAUGCGAGAUUCCACCCCACUUUACUCUAACACAUUGUAUCUCGAAAAGUACAGUGGCAUGCAACUCGUGCACUGACUACCAACUAUACUGAGUAGCCAACUACAUCAAAACUGUCAAAUGGUUGAUAGAUGCGUGAAGUUCCAAAGGAGAAAGGGUGGGCAAUGAAAAAUAGCGGAAUAGCCGGCAGCAAGUUCGGCCAGCGAUAAAUCAUCGUACUUCUUAUUCUUGGAGAUGAAGGAUACACUAAGGUGGCUGUGGGGCCAUAACUGGGGGGAAAGAACUCUCCUUGUUAAUUUACAGUCUUUGGCUGUGAUGAAGGUAGGCGCCUACCUCUAGAAAUGGGAAGGUUGUCCUUUUCGUCAUUGUCCUCAUCAGGAGAUGAAGCAUCCGGGGUAAAAAUUUGUUUACCUGAGUAGAAAGGGAUUUUUUGGACCUCAAGUCCUGAAUAGUGUGCAUUGGCUGACUGUCCUCUGGAGAAAGUUCCGCACCGCCAGGAAGUGAAGGAGUCCGGUCUCAGAGUUGGUCGAGUUGAUCAUUGUGAAGACAAAGCACCUGCAACUCCUAACGCAUGGGCUCCAGUUGAACCGUUUUCUCCAGGACCUUGUUCUCCUCUUUGGCCCGAGUUUUCAACUUUUGGAGCUCAGUAA